CGCUUUCACUCAAAGUGAACUUGAUUUCUGAGGAGACUUUAACUCAUAUCAGUGCUCAUUCUUUGUCUUCUGAGUUGUCCCACUACCACAACACCCGGAUUUGGUUGAUCGAGUGAGUUUAAGAAAACACAGCCAUGUGCAGCUGUGUGCGGAGCUCCAGGGCAAUGGCUCCUGCACUGCUUCCCAGGCUGCUGCUCCCUCAGACGGGGAUCAGACUGGCUGGCAGGGGGCUCUGGACCUCUCCCCAAUGCCUGGCUGUCAGCGGGGACAACCAGCUCCCUCCUCUGCCGAGCCAGGCCCGGGUUGUAAUCUGUGGAGGAGGUAUUGUUGGGACGUCAGUGGCCUACCACCUGGCUAAACUGGGCUGGAAGGAUGUAGUUCUGCUUGAGCAGGGCAGGCUUGGUGCAGGAACAACUAGACUGUGUGCAGGCAUUCUGAGCAUGGCUAAACCUAUUUCCAUUGAGUCUCAGAUGGCCAACUACUCCAGCAGCCUUUAUCAGCAGCUAGAGGGGGAGACUGGUGUCAAAACAGGUUAUGUGAAGACAGGUUCUUUGUGUUUGGCACAGAAUCAAGAUCGCUUCAUUUCACUGAAACGUUUGGCAACUAGACUCAGAGUGUUGGGGAUCAGCUGUAAUAUCAUUAAACCUAAAGAGAUAGCUAAACUCCACCCUCUAGUUAAUAUUCAUGACCUGGUGGGGGCGCUCCAUCUCCCAGAUGAUGCUGUGGUGUCCUCUCCUGAUGUCAACCACGCGCUGGCUGUAGCUGCUGCGCGACAAGGGGUUCAGAUUCUGGAGCGUACCACGGUUCAGCAGGUGGUGGUGGAGAAGGGCCACGUCACGGCGGUGGAAACUGAUCGCGGCUCCAUUGAAUGUGAUUAUUUUGUCAACUGUGCCGGCCAGUGGGCCUAUGAGCUGGGUCAGGCCAGCGAGGUGAAGGUGUCGGUUCCCCUCCACGGCUGCGAGCACUUCUACCUCCUCACCAAACCUCCACAGGAGCCACUUUCCCCCCACAAUCCAGUUAUAAUCGAUAUGGAUGGGAGGAUGUACGCACGGCCGUGGCAAGGAGGCCUUUUGUCUGGAGGCUUCGAGAAGAACCCUAAACCCAUCUUCACCGAGGGCCGCAACCAGCUGGAGAUCCAGAACAUGCAGGAGGACUGGGAUCACUUUGAGCCGAUGCUCAGCGCUCUGCUGAGGAGGAUGCCGAACCUGGAGUCAGCAGAGAUCCAUCAGUUGGUCAACUGUCCGGAGUCCUUCACACCCGACAUGCGCUGUCUGAUGGGGGAAACGCCUGGUGUUUCUGGUUACUACGUGCUGGCAGGGAUGAACUCCUCGGGUCUGGCCUUCGCCGGAGGAGCUGGGAAGUACCUGGCAGAGUGGAUGACCUACGGCUACCCCACCGCCAACGUCUGGCCUCUGGACAUCAAGCGCUUCGGAAACCUGCAAAGCAGCAGAACCUUCCUGCGACACAGAGUGAUGGAAGUCAUGCCGCUGCUGUAUGAGCUGAAGGUUCCUCGCUGGGACUUCCAGACCGGCCGGCAGCUGAGGACGAGUCCCCUCUAUGACCGCUUGGACACCCAAGGGGCGCGCUGGAUGGAAAAACAUGGCUUUGAAAGACCCAAAUACUUUGUUCCACCAGGAAAAGAUCUGCUUUCCCUGGAUCAGAGUAAGACCUUUUAUAAGCCAGACUGGUUCGAUAUUGUUGGAGCAGAAGUGAAAUGCUGCAAAGAGGCCGUCUGUGUCAUCGACAUGUCCUCCUUCACCAAGUUCGAGCUCACUUCUACAGGGGAGCAGGCUUUGGAGCUGCUGCAGUAUCUGUGUGCCAACGACCUGGACGUCCCGGUCGGACACAUCGUUCACACCGGCAUGCUGAAUGAGAGAGGAGGCUAUGAGAACGACUGCAGCGUGGUGCGCAUCAGCAAGAACAGUUUCUUCAUCAUCUCUCCGACUGACCAGCAGGUCCACUGCUGGUCUUGGAUAAAGAAGCACAUGCCCAAUGACCCACACCUCCACCUAGAGGAUGUGAGCUGGAAGUACACCGCUUUGAAUCUGAUUGGUCCACGAGCGAUGGAUGUCCUGGCUGAGCUCUCCUACGUCUCCAUGACACCAGAGCACUUCCCCUCCAUGUUCUGUAAGGAAAUGAGUGUGGGCUAUGCCAACGGGAUCAGAGUGAUGAGCAUGACUCAUACCGGAGAACCAGGUUUCAUGCUCUACAUCCCUAUAGAGUACGCGCUGCACGUGUACAAUGAGGUGAUGUCAGUGGGGCAGAAGUAUGGCAUCCGUAAUGCAGGGUACUACGCACUGAGGAGCCUUCGCAUCGAGAAAUUCUUCGCCUUCUGGGGUCAGGACCUCGACACCUUCACCACACCGCUAGAGUGCGGACGAGAGUUCAGGGUCAAGUUCGACAAGGACACUAACUUCCUUGGCCGCGAGGCGUUGCUCCAGCAGCGUCAGGAGGGAGUGUUCCGCCGGUUCGUAAUGCUCGUCCUGGAAGACCACGACACGGAGCUGGACCUGUGGCCGUGGUGGGGCGAGCCCGUUUACCGCAGCGGUCAGCUGGCUGGAACAACCACCAGCAGCGCCUACAGCUACACUCUGGAGCGCCACGUCUGCCUGGGCUUUGUGUCUCCGCCCCCAGGCCCAGAGGGCCUCCCCACGCCCAUCACCCCCGACUUCAUCAACCGUGGCGAUUACGAGGUAGACAUAGCGGGACAGCGCUACCGAGCCAAAGCAAAGCUCUACCCCUUCAGCUCCCUCUUCGCCCAACAGAAACGGCGCAAGGAGGACAUGGAGCUCAGCAACUUCCAGGGAAAGUGAGGCAGCGGUGGGAUC